AUGGCCAGUACAGUGGUCGCAGUUGGAUUGACCAUUGCUGCUGCAGGAUUUGCAGGCCGUUAUGUUUUGCAAGCCAUGAAGCAUAUGGAGCCUCAAGUAAAACAAGUUUUUCAAAGUCUUCCAAAAUCUGCCUUCAGUGGUGGCUAUUACAGAGGUGGGUUUGAACCCAAAAUGACAAAACGAGAAGCAGCAUUAAUAUUAGGUGUAAGCCCCACUGCCAAUAAAGGAAAAAUAAGAGAUGCUCACCGACGAAUUAUGCUGUUAAAUCAUCCAGACAAGGGAGGAUCUCCUUACAUAGCAGCCAAAAUCAAUGAAGCUAAAGAUUUACUAGACGGUCAAGCUAAAAAAUGA